GUCAAAGUAGUUUAUUUGACAAAUAAAAUAAACAGGAAUUAAAAGUACAAGAAAAUCUAGUGAAUAAAAAUGUACUAUUAUAAUAUGUUUCACAACAACUUAAAUACCUAAGUGAUAUCGUAAAUAUGACUUAAACGUAUCACCAAUAUUACAAUGGAAUUGAAAGUCUGGGUGGAAGGAAUUCAGCGCAUAGUGUGUGGAGUUACAGAGACAACAACUUGCCAAGAUGUUGUCUUUGCCCUUGCUCAUGCUACAGGCAAAUCUGGAAGAUUUACAUUAAUCGAGAGGUGGAGAAGUAACGAAAGGCAGCUUUCCCCCAAUGAAAAUCCUAUGAAGAUUAUUAUGAAAUGGGGGGAGUACUCCAAUGAUGUUCAAUUUAUACUUCAACGUAGUGAGAAUACCAAGCCGUUACAGCAACCAAAGGUGAAAAGUUCUGGUAGUGCUAGUAGUACCCCAACACACUGCUCAAAUGUACAUGAUCUCUCUGACCAACAUAAAGAUAUCAAUAAAACAUUUAGUGGAAGUUAUUUGCCCAACUUUGACAAUGUUGGCAUCGUUAAAGGAAUACCACAAAUGAAAUCUGUCUCAUUGGAAGUGAGAGAAUCUCGUACCAAUUCUCCUCAAAGUUCUCCAAAGAAAAGCAGCUACUCAACUGGUUCUGACAUAUCAGAUCAUUCUAGUCAAAGGGUGGCGCCACCAUAUAAAGACCCACCUGCCCCACCUCCAUACAGAGAUCCACCACCACCUACGUCUUCAAUUUACCGUGAUAAAUUAAAAAAAGGAUUGGCACAAGAGCCCCUCAAGAAGGAUAAAGAUGAAAAUAGGAAUAAAAUUCAAGAUAACAUGUUAUACAACACACAGUAUCGAGAACUGGUAGCUCUGAUAAACUACCAACGUGAAAAAUUAUCAACCCAACAGGCUGAUCUAAAUAAGUAUGACGCCGAAAUUGUCUUUCUAGAAGGAAAGGAGAAGGAGAAACAAAGACAAUUAGAUUUUAUAGCUCAAGAAUUAAUAGCAAUAUCGAAUAUAAGCAAAAACAAUCAAGAUCAAAUACAAGCAUUAAGUUACGUAGAAGAAGAGAAUGAAAUAGUUAAACAACAAGAGAAAACAUUGCAAUCUGAAAUUACUUUACUAAGAUCGAAAUUGGCAAAUUGUGAAACUGAAUUGUUGCAGUGCAAAAAUAAAAUAAGGUUACUAAUGGAUGAAGUACAAAUCGAACAAAGAGCUCAGAGUAGAAGAGCAGAUUCUCUUAAGCAGCUAGAAAGGAAUAUACUUAUGGAAGUCGAAAGACUCCAAAAAGACAUAGAGUUGGCAAAGCAAAGUACGGAUUUACAUCAUUUGACUGCAGAAACGUUAAAGAGAGAGGUUGCUUCACUGGAGACUGCCAUUUUAGAAAAGAAAAGACAAGUGGAGCACUUGGUAUCGGAAAUGAAAGAGGCAAACUUGGAAAGUCUAAGCAUAGUGCCCCCGGAAGACAUCAGGCAAAUUCUGGAAGGCCCCACGAAAUCUGGUAGUACUAGAAAAAUGAUUGGUUCUCCCAGACAGCUGGAGAACGCCGUACCUACCAAUAAAAACCCUCACGGUGUUUGGGUCUAGCCGGACCGUGACGAAACUACAAAAUUUUAAUUUUGCUUUAAGGUAAUGAUCGAAUCUCCAAUUAAAAAAACUUACUUCAACCAAAUGCUAUUUCUCCUUGGUAUCCAACGGUUGUGUAGACUGAGGAAGAUCAAGCUGGCAGGUUAUUGUUAGUUUGUUUGUAUUAUGUCCUGAAUUGAAUGUCGUAAGUUGAGAACAUCACACUCUUUUGGGAAUAACAUAUUAAUUUUGUAAAUGACAUUCGGUUUGGGAGUAGAACCUGUUGGAAAAUCAAGCUUCUUUAUGUUUUUUCAAACUUAAGUAUCCUGUAUCUCUCACUUAUCAAAAAACACGCUUAUACAGUACUUACACUCUUAUAUUAACUUUUGGAUACAUCUACACAUAAUAUUUACUGUUCCACAGUGUUGCCACACUGCAUCAUCUAUUACUUGAUGCUAAAUAGAUGCUACAUGUCACACAGAAAAGUGUAAGUACUGUAUAAACACAAUAUAACAACAUAUCCCAUACGAACAUAAUCGAAUAUCAAAAUGAAAUUUGAAAAAUUUAGUAUUGAUGUUUAAAAAGUAGAUAAAUAGAAGUAGUGAAAUAUAUAACACGGUAGAAAAUAUUUAUUGAUGGUAGAAAUUGAUAAAUUCAAGCAUUUUGGUAUAUUUGAAAUAAGCAUGUAACGAAUAUCAGUGAAUGACCUAACAAGGUUUAUAAAGCAAUGUGAAACAUCCUGGCAGGGUCGCCAUAUAAAGAGAUACGGGGUUACUACCCUGAUGAUGGGGUUAAUUAACUGGAGGCACUACUUGUUCAUAACAUCUAUUUAUUAAUUAAACACUACUAAACAUGGUCUAAAUAUCGAAUGAUGAAUAAUGAAUCACGAAUAAUGAAUGAUAGAAGAAUUAGCAGCGAUGCUUCUCCUGGAUCUAUAAAUAAACUUGUAAAUGUUGUUAUUUAGAUUGUUGACACGACUCGACCGUGAAAUAUUAAUAAUAUCGAAUAGCUGACAAAGCGUUCUUGAAAACUAGUGCACUAUGUUGGGCAAUCAGUGUCACCUAAUUAUUUUACAACAACCGGCGAUGUUUGUUUUAAGAUAUUUAAAAAUUAAAUGAAUGAGUUACUUUUAUUUUGGAUGCUGAUAUAAUCCUGUACAAUUGGAUUAUGCCAGUUGUUAUUCCCAGUAGCUACAGACGUAUUUCGCUGUUGUGUCACUUUUUCAAACUAUAUAACAGACUGAUCCUGGCCAAAAUAGAAAAAAAUGUCGACAAGCACCUCAUCCCACAACAAGGAGUAACAAAGUAAGUAGGUGGAGAGUUCAAAACAACGGCCUCCCACAGGGAAGUGUUUUAGCACCAAUGCUCUUCAAUAUACAGGGUGAUUGAUCAGUAGGGUAAAGCUCAAUAGCUCCGCUAUAGUAAUAAAUAGCAAUAAAAGUUAAUAACAAAAAUUUUAGCCACCUUUGAGCUUCACAUUACAAAAUUAGUUAGAAUGUUACAGGGUGUUCGA